CGCGUCGGCCGCCGCCGCCGCCGUCCGUCGGUUCUCGGGCCGCGGGCCGAGCUGCUGCGCCGGCGCUCCCGCUGCCCUGCCCCCGGCGCCCGCCCGCCCGCCCGGCCCGAGCCCGCGCCACGCCGCCAUGUCGCAGAGCGAGACGCCCGCGCCGCAGGAGGAGAGCCUGCACGGCUCCUGGGUGGAAUUACACUUCGGCAGUAAUGGGAACGGGAGUGGUGUUCCAGACUCCGUUUCUAUUUAUAACGGCGACAUGGAAAAAAUACUGCUGGACGCCCAGCAUGAAUCUGGACGGAGCAGCUCCAAGAGUUCUCACUGUGACAGCCCGCCACGCUCGCAGACCCCCCAGGAUACUAACAGAGCUUCUGAGACAGACACACACAGUAUUGGAGAAAAGAACAGCUACCAGUCUGAGGAAGAUUACCUGGAGAGAAGGAAAGAAGUCGAAAGCAUCUUGAAGAAAAACUCGGACUGGAUUUGGGAUUGGUCCAGCCGGCCAGAAAACAUCCCCCCGAGCAAGGAGUUCCUGCUCUUCAAGCGCCCGCCGCGCGCCUCCGCACUCAGCAUGCGCAACACGCGCGUCAUGAAGAAGGGCGGCGUCUUCUCCGCCGAGUUCCUCAAGGUCUUCCUGCCCUCGCUCCUGCUGUCCCAUCUGCUGGCCAUCGGCCUGGGGAUCUACAUCGGGAGGCGCCUGACGACGUCCACCAGCACCUUCUGAGGACGCCUUGGCCGCGCUCGCGCAGUGGGGACGUGCUGUCCGCGGCGCAGCUCACAGGGGAUGCGGACCUGUGUCGUUCUCCUCACUCAGUAAAAUAAAGACACUAAGACCAUGCUCUCCCGUAAUCAUACUUAUGGGAUCACGUAAUAAGCAUGUCACUGAUUAAUAUCUACUGUAAUAAUUUGGUAGUAACCGGUCUUUGGAUAUUAUAAAUAUUUAAGUAUAAAUAAUUUUAACAUAUCUAGUCAUGAUGUAUGUAGUAUUUUAACAAAUUAUUUGCAACCUUGAUUGAGUCAAACCCUGUAUUUUGAAAGAACGAAUACUGCUGACAUUAAAAGGACUGCACGAGGGGUUUAUCCCGAAUAAACACUGUGGCCUUACCCCCUGCCGUAGACCGUGUUCAGGUGGAUGCGCCGUCUGCAACAGAUGACCCUCAGCCCUCACUGCGCUGGUGGUUCUGUUACAUGACGUGUGGAGUCCAGGCUGCGACACGGGUGGCGCCGGGCGGGCCCCACACCGGCGCCUGGUGCAGCACGGGGACCCCCCUGAGACUGCUCCUGCCACCCCGGACAGCCGCCACUGGGCGACGGGCGUCUCCUCUCUUCCCUCUGGAUGGCUGAGUUUCGCGUUCGUGUUCAGUGUGUGUGUGCUCUUAGAAUCAGCUUCAUUCUAAGCUAUUCCGUGUCUACUUUAAAAGGCUGGAAAUGGAAAAAAUAAAUCUUUGCCAAAUACGUGGUUAUGGUAUUUACACGUGGUUUAAAACCAAGCGUCACAGGAGCUUUUUGAUUAAGCCAGGUGUGUCCCCAUUGCAUGGUUUUUAAAGGCUGCCGCUUUGAUAUACUGUAUAAAUGUAUUUGUUUCACUUUUCCACACUAAAUUCAGUUGUGUUAAAUAAAUGUAACAUUCUAAUUUGUAA